GGGCUUCUUGACAACGCAACGAUUCGCAGCGAUGGGGUUUGAGCGUUUUUGUGGGCGGCGUGUACUCGUUGCAUUCUUUGCGCUUUUUCUAGUUAACUUGGAUUUUUCCGGCGGCCGGGGUGUCGCGAAAGCUGACGUCGUGUGCCUCGCAUCAGUAAUUCAGAUAACCGUCACAGCGGCGGCGCAUCAGGGGCUGACAUCUAUUAUCUACGUUCAGGCUACUAAUGGUUCCUGGACAGCUGCUAAAGAUAUUCCUAGCAAUUGUGGGAGCAGUGGUGGGAAUUCUCUCUAUAUAUUUUACAAUUCUUCAUGCUGGCAGCCCAAUAAUUCAGGAUAUCUGGUCUUGAAAAUAUGCAUAGAAAGUAAAGCUGUUAAUGGAAGUCUCAAUGUGACCGAAUAUGUUACUACCAACUGCCCAAUUACAAGUAGAAUGUCUGUAGACCAAGCAUUAUACAGUUGUGACAUUCAAGCUUCAGAUGCUGUUCCUUGUGGAGAUGCUGGCAUAAAUGAGACAGACUGUCUGGCCAAAGGGUGUUGCUUUGAUUCUUUUAUGAACACCUCCUGUUACUACUCAAACCAGGAAAAAGCUGAAUGCACACAAGAUGGUAACAUGGUGAUUGUGAUCAAUAAGGAUGUAACCAAACCAGCACUCCUACUAGACUCUGUCAGUUUAAGUGGCGGCACUGAUCCACCUUGCAAUCCUGUUAUCCAGAAUCCAAGCUUCUUAAUGUUCAAGUUUCCCCUGGAUGCAUGUGGAACUGAGCUGAAGAUGGUGGGGAAUAACCUUGUGUAUGAGACUGAAGUAACUGGAUCUAUGAAUAUAGAUCAUGGAAAGUAUGGUAGUAUUACCCGGGACACUACCUACAGAUUAACUGCCCGUUGCAACUAUUCAGCAGCUAUGUUUAUGCCUGCACAACUUGAGGUUUUCACACUUGCUCCACCAUUGCCUGCAAUGGAUCAAGGACCUCUCCGCAUGGAGCUCAGGAUUGCAAAAGAUGAGUCUUAUGGGUCUUACUACACCACUCAGGAUUACCCCAUAACAAAGUUGCUGCAACAACCAGUCUAUGCUGAAGUUGCUCUGUUGGGGAGAACUGACCCUAAUAUUACCCUGGUCUUGGAUAACUGUUGGGCAACUUCCACACCUAGCCCAUAUAGUGAGCCUCAUUGGGAUCUUCUUGAAGAUGGAUGCUCUUACCAUGAUGACCCAUAUUUGACUCUGACUAUCCCUGUAACUGCAACUACAGGGGUGCAAUUCCCAAAGCAGAUCAAACGGUUUGUGCUAAGAAUGUUUACAUUUAUUGAUCAUGUCCUGAAGAAGGGAUCUCAAAAUCCUAUCUAUCUGUAUUGUAGUGCAGCAGCUUGCUACCCUUCUGCUGAAGAUUCUUGCACAACUACCUGUGUUACUAAAUCAAGGCACAUACGUAAUGUGGACUUCAUGAGGGAUUUAAAGCUGACCCACAGUGGACCCAUUGUUUUCCAGGAAGAUGAAAGUAUACAUCAGAACUGGUUUGUAAGAAGCAAUCCUUGGAUAGUGCUGGUAAUGGCAACUGUGGUGGCAGUAGCUUUUGCCACUCCAAUUCUGAUCUACAGAAGGAAGACCCCCACUUAUGUUCCCUUAAAACAAUAAAGACUUGUUCAGGUUUUUCAUUU